AUGCGCAGUAAUGCUAGUCCUGAUAAUGCCGAGCUCACAUUGUCAUUCAUGGAAUAUCGGCUCCUCUGUAACAGUCCUGGGAUUCAUCUUCAUCUAUUUCGAUAUACUGAUGACAUUAUUGUUAACUGCGCAAGCUUUGCUGAAAUUGCCAGUAACAUCUAUGGGUUCAGCCUCCAAACACCACCACUUACUCCGGACAAAGGGCUUAAUACAAUCAAAGGUGUUAUGGUGAUCAGUAACAAUGCGCGAGGGGACGAGGACGGAAGUGCCGCAAUUCGACGUGCCAAGGAAAUUUGUCGCCUUAUCAAAUCAUUACCUGAGGCUCAAAAAAUACCGAUAUAUGCGGCAGUAAAUUCUUACGAAUCUGGUCGUUUUCCCAGUGGUUACAUUUUCAAGCUAGAACAAGGUGUACCAAUGGGCAGUAACGCUAGUCCUGAUAUUGCCGAUCUCACAUUGUCAUUCAUGGAAUAUCGGUUCCUCUGUAACAAUCCUUGGAUUCAUCUUCAUCUAUUUCGAUAUAUUGAUGACAUUAUUGUUAACUGCGCAAACUUUGCUGAAAUUGCCAAUAGCGAUGUGGACCAAAUGCUGCAAGAAGGUGUCAUUAUAUCGCAACUGCUUCGUUAUGCAUUUAUAUUCACUCUUCCAGAGGGCUCCAUAGAUGGGCUAUACGGCCUAUAA